CCAUCAUUCGUAAUUGCAUUAAUUCAGCAGCCGUUUGAUACAGUAUUUAAGGAUUCAGGAUCUGAAAUAUGAGAUAUUGAUCUCUUCUCUGGACAUCUCAUCAUGAAGACAAUGCCCUCUUGCUUUGGCACUGCUGUGCGCAUCUUCAUCACCACCCUGUUCGCUGCGGUUGUGCUCUUUGCCAUCCUGCUUGCAUACGUGACAGGUUACCAAUUCAUCCACACCGAGCAGCACCACCUCUCUUUUGGUCUGUAUGGUGCGUUUCUAUCCCUCCACCUCCUCCUGCAGAGCCUCUUCGCCUUCCUGGAGCACCGGCAAAUGAGGGGGCCGUCCAGACCCCAGCACCUGCAUCGCACCGUGGCCCUCUGCAUCGCAGCUUAUCAAGAGGAUCCAGACUACUUGCACAAGUGUCUGCGGAGCAUACGCCGCAUUUCCUUCCCUGGACUUAAAGUAGUGUUGGUGGUGGAUGGGAAUCGGCAUGAAGAUGCUUACAUGAUGGACAUCUUCCAGGAGGUGAUGGGGGGAGCCGAGCACACGGGGUGCGUGGUGUGGAAGGGGAAUUACCACAACGACGGUGAUGGGGGAGAAGGAAGGGGUUCGCUGCACUCAGAGGAGGCUGCACGGGUGGCCAGGGUGGUGCGGAGCUGCAUGUACUCCUGCGUUAUGCAGGAAUGGGGCGGCAAGAGGGAGGUGAUGUAUACUGCCUUCAAAGCAUUGGGAAAUACUGUGGAUUACAUUCAGGUGUGUGAUUCCGACACUGUACUUGAUCCAGCGUGCACCAUUGAGAUGCUCAAGGUUCUAGAGCAGGAUCCAGAAGUGGGUGGAGUGGGAGGAGAUGUUCAAAUCCUAAACAAGUAUGAUUCUUGGAUUUCCUUCCUGAGCAGCGUCCGUUACUGGAUGGCCUUCAAUGUGGAGCGGGCCUGCCAGUCUUACUUUGGAUGUGUUCAGUGCAUUAGCGGCCCGCUUGGAAUGUACCGCAACUCUCUCCUCCAGCAGUUCUUGGAGCCCUGGUAUCACCAGACCUUCUUAGGAAGCAAGUGCAGCUUUGGUGAUGAUCGCCACCUCACCAACCGCGUCCUCAGCUUUGGCUACAAAACCAAGUACACGGCACGUUCCCAGUGCCAGACUGAGACCCCCACACAAUACCUGCGCUGGCUCAACCAGCAAACCCGCUGGAGCAAGUCUUACUUUCGAGAGUGGCUCUACAACGCCCUUUGGUUCCACAAGCACAGUCUCUGGAUGACUUAUGAGUCUGUUGUGACCGGGUUCUUCCCGUUUUUCCUGGUGGCUACGGUGAUCCAUCUGUUUUACCGCGGUCGCCUGUGGAACAUCCUUCUGUUCUUGUUGACGGUUCAGCUGGUGGGUAUGGUGAAGGCCACCUACGCGUGCUUCCUGCGAGGCAACCUGGUCAUGAUCUUCAUGUCGCUGUAUUCUCUGCUCUACAUGUCAAGUCUGCUGCCUGCUAAGAUCUUUGCUCUCUUGACUAUUAACAAAGCAGGCUGGGGUACAUCAGGCAGAAAGAAGAUAGUGGUGAAUUUGAUCGGAGCCGUGCCUGUGACUGUGUGGGCGGCCAUUUUGCUGGGGGGUGUGGUUUAUACCAUUUACUGCGAGGUGCAGGAGCCCUUCAGUGAGACAGAGAAGGCUCUUCUCAUCGCUGGCACUACACUCUAUGCCUGUUACUGGCUCAUACUCCUGGUGCUCUACUUGGCCAUUGUGGCCAAACGCUGUAAUAAAAGAGAGGAACAGUAUCACCUAUCAUAUUCUGAAGCCUAGCGUGGCCAACUUUAAUGGUGCUGCAGAUCAAGCUAUCCGGGUUCAUUUGAAAUGAACCCGUCUUUACAUGGUGCUGUAUUAUGAAUCAUGUGAGUCCCGGGAGUUCGCUGGUUUGAAGCGGUACGGCUACUUGAAUAGUUUCAACCAGUGGCCAUAUUCUGCAUUUGAAAGAGCCGUAAUUUACAUUAGGUGAAAGCAGAAAUGGUGCAUUUCGUGAUUAUAAAGCACACAUCGGAGGGCUAGUCAAGAACGCAUAAGGUUUAGCCAAUAGUGAUCAAGUGAUGAGAGAAGUUAGUGUAGGGACAUGUAGCCAAUAUGACCAUAUUCAGUUAAAGGGGUCAUGCUGGUACUCUGAAUUAUGCAGAAAGUGAACUGAAAGUCUGUCAACAUUUGUUCACUCUUCGAAAGCUGUAUACAACUAUUUCUUCUGUGGAACACCAAAGAAGAUAUUUUGAGAAAUGUCUCAGGCGUUUUGUUUCCAUACAAUAGUUAUUGGGGUCCAAUGUUGUUUGGUUACAUUCAUCAAAAUCUAUUUUGUGUUAUGCAAUGAAACAAGGUCAUACAUGUUUGGACUUACACCAGCGUGAAUCAAUGAUAAAAUAUUUCUGGUUGAACCAUAAGGUUAGUUAACUAUGUAAGACUAGUUGUAUUUGCAAAAAGCCAGUCAAUAUUUUACGUCCUUCACCUGAAAAUCCAGCAUGAAUCAUAACAUCACUGUUUGAUAUUUUUGUGGUGCUGAUGAGUUGACAGGACAUUUAAACUACAUUUAAUUUAUUUACAUAUUUAUGAUAUACCACAAAACUCUACUACACUCUUUAAAAUGUUAACAGAUGUAUCAAGACACUCAGUUCCCAUAAAUAGUAUAGUUCACAUAAAGUUUUCCCAUAAAUUUGUUCUUAGGAUGUUUUCUCAGGUUGCUUUCAAUACUAGCCUGAUGUUACGAAAUUUGACAUUACGACCCUUUCAUUCAAAUAUUUAAACAUAUAAGUAUAUUAUUCCCAGUAGUUACGGCAAUAAAUUGUUUGCUAGCUAGAAUAAAAAUAGGAAUCACAUGUACUGAACUAAUUUAUGUUAUGGUAGGUGGUUAAACACACAAACAAUUUAGUUAACCUUGCAUCAUCUAUUUCGACAUGCAGUAAAGAAAAACUGGUGGAUUUUUCCACCUUCAGUUCUCUAAAUGCCACAGUUUGCAACUUUAUUGCUCACUUGCCCUCAAAAACGCAAACUUGGGAGUGCAGAAUUGUAAACACUGAGGCUGGUGUGUGUUUGGGGAUGAAUACGUUUAGUGUGGAGUGUCUUUUUUUACAUGUGUAAUUCCCACAGAGUUUCUUUAAAGUGACACGAAAGAGCGUAUAUGAGUGUAGAACUACAGUAUAAAAAAAGUUCAAUCAAACUUAAAAUCUCACUGUUCACAUUCGUGUUUUAUGCAAUUACUUUGCAGACUGGGUGCCAAAUUUUACAACUAAUAUGCUCCUCAGGAACACACUUCAGAAACGUUCAAAAAUGAGAUUUGGAUGAAUUAGGUUUGAGCAAUUACAGCAAAGAUAACAACGGAUUUGCACCGUCACCUGUCAGACACACAAAGAGCUGUACAAAACCAACGGACUGUUUAGGCAUACAUUUGUGGGUGGUGAAUCUAAAUUUUUUGUAAAUAUAAGGUUUAUUUGGUCAGUCACUCAAAUAUAUCAUACAGUAGCAUAUAUUUUUGUAAUGUAAAAUUGUAAGAUAUUUGAAACAUAUCAGUGUUAUCUACAUUUCAUAGGGUAGCCUCCUUUUUUUU